AUGGAGGGAUAUAAAUCAUGUUACAUGCAGACCCUCAUGAAUCAAGUGACGUCACAAGGCCCUUUCGCAACUUUCAGCGCCCCAUCGCCCUUCCCCCGAAGCGACGCCCCUCCCCUUAACGGUUUUUCGCGACGGUUUGAGGUCGGGGCCUGUGGGAGGGGCCGGAGGCUCCGGGCCCCGCCCCCUCCCCGGUCUCCUCGCCGCGUUCCCGCGCGCCGCGCCGCGAGUCCCAGCCGAGAUGGAAGCGGAGCGUCCGGCGGAGAACAAGCGGAGCAGAAAACCCGCUCACCCCGUGAAGAGAGACGUGAGAGACGAGAUGAAGAGAACUCCGUGUCCAAGUCUUCGUCGUCCUCCUCAGCGUGGUCUUCCUCGGAGCGGGGCCGGAGCAGUGAGGGCCCGGUGUCUCCUCUCAGUGUGAACGUGAUCGUGCCGCUCAUCAAACCCUCUGCCGCGGAGGACGUCCAGAGCGUCCCGAUCGUGUGUGUCUGGUGUCAGAAGGAGGGAGUGAAGAGAUAUUCUCUGCUCAUGGGCUCCGAGCUCAAGAGCUUCUGCAGUGAGAAGUGUUUCGCCUCGUGCCGCCGAGCUUACUUCAAACGCAACAAGGCCCGAGAUGAGGAUCGUCAUGGUGACCAGUCUCCGCCCCCUGGCCAGACACUGGACACGCCCACAAGACUUCUGCUGAAGAUGAACAACAACACGCGUGUGUGUGAUUGGUGUAAACACGCGCGACACACUAAAGAGUACCUGGACUUCGGUUCGGGCGAGGAGCGCCUGCAGUUCUGCAGCAGCAAAUGUCUAAACCAGUACAAGAUGGACGUGUUUUACCAGGAAGCUCGUGCUGCCCUCGCCAGCUCUGGCUCCGCCCACAAGGAUGAGGAGCCCCGCCCCAAAGCGGCUGUCAUGGAAAACCAGAAACUCUUGACGCCGGAGGCUUGGGACAGGCCAGCGCAAACCCUCUCGCCCCAAACGCCCGUCUCAGCGAGGAUUCAGACCAGUGCCCCGCCCCAUUCUCCUGAGAAGCCACGCCCACCACAAAGGCCCAUCCCCUUUGCACUACGAAGCCCUGCCCCUCCACCACCCCGCCCCCUCAGCCCCAUCCAGAGGCCUUCCUUUAGUCCUCCUCUACUCCACCCUUGCCCCCGCCCCUACAUGCCCCUCCCCACGUACCCACCCCAUUUGGCCCCUUCCUGGCCACAGCCAAUGAUAUUAUCGCCCUACCCAGUUUUCAUUCCAGUCCCGGUGCCCAUUCCCAUUCCCAUCCCUAUUCCCCCUCAAACGGGCCACCGCGGAGUCAUCCGAAGCCUUCCGGAGCAGGAAGAGGAUCUCACGCCCGAUCCGGGUCACUCCGAGGAGGAUGUAAAAAACGAGCCGUGUGCUUCUCCUCUUCCUUCGGAGCGACAAGUCAUUCAGUGUCUCCGAAAACACAAAGAAGAAACUCCAACGCACAGAGCACUUUUUUACGCGUCCGUCUCACCCAGGAUUAUCAGUCCCGCCUCUUUGUACUCAUUGGCCCGUUCCAGUGCCAUACAAGCCGCCUCGCUCUCGUUGGACAGUGCUGGCUCCUCCCUGAUUCCGUCUCCUCUCUCAGAUUGUGAAGAUGUGAAGGAGAACAGCUGCUUGGGUGGGCGGGGUGACGACUCGACCAAUCGCUGGCCGGCAGAGCAGACGGACUGCCGGAGCAACCAAUCGAAAGAGAGCGAGGGGGAGGAGCAAGCGGCACAGGAUGUAGAGCACACCUACGCACGGUCUGUUCCGCCCAAACUACGUGAAAAAAACACACUGAUGGUCACGCAAGCGCAAAGCUGGGAGAAAAACAUCGAUCUGGGGUCUGAGACGAAUGAACAAGAAGAUCCUGAGCCAGCCUUCAAGAGAAGAUGCCUGAGAAUCAGAGACCAGAACCAGUGAGGCCCAGGGUGUGUGUGAAGUGCUGAAGCGAUCGAGUCGAGUGUUUCGACGGGUGAUGCGGUGUGUGAACGCCUCACUGAAGCCCAUCCAGACGCAGCAUCCGCCCCAGAGCAUCAUGGGAUUUAGAGAUCAGGCGUGUGUGUGAUCCAGUUAGACCGCAUGUGUGUGUGUGUGUGUUUUCCUGCCACAGCUCUCUAAAGC